AUGGUGCUCAUUGCGGUGCUCCUCGCGGUCGUCUUGCUGCGUGUCGGCGGCUCCAUCCCAACUUGCGCCUACAUGGACUACCCAAGCGGCGUGAUCGUCGUCGCCGCUGGCAACUGCACUGUAGCGCGCACGGUGUGCGCCACAAACAACCAGUGCGACCGACUCGACGUGGCAAGGACAUUCACGAGCAAUGUCUUUACGAACGUCAUCGGCAUGGGCCGCUUGCCCGAUUAUACCUUUAGCAACUUGACCAUCAAAGAUGUCCCGUCCAUCACGAUCGGACACAUGGACCUCCCAAAAACGGUCACGACCUUAACAUUUGACAACGUGACCAACGUCAACGUGUCCAAGUCGUUCGGGACGGCGUGGACCUACAUCAAGACGUUGGAGUUUAUCAACAGUCCCUUCAAUUUCUCUGACGGCGUCGUGUGGCCAGUCUGCGUCGAGCGCCUGACGCUUGUCAACAACGCGCUGAGCACCAUGCCAGUCACUUUUCCCUCUACCAUCACACAACUUUGGAUUCGCGACAACCUUUUCACCGAUCUCCGCUCCGUACCCACCAAUCUCACCUUCUUGAAUAUUGGCGCCAACAAACUCAAGUCCAUCGUCAACGCCGACUUGCGCUCGCUCCGCUACCUGUCCAUGAGCGACAACAGGGACUUGACUACGAUGAACGACGCUCGGUUUGCCAGCAUUGCAUUCCUAAAUUUGACCAAUUGCCCAAACCUUGCAACCAUUUGCGUCGACGCACCCUCGUACGCGGCUCUGAACGCGCUAAACCCUUGGGACAGCAACGUGACCACGGACGCGCCGACCGGGUUCAGCAUCAACUACCCUAUCGCAACGGACGCUGCGAUGUGUGCCGACCUCGGUGGGUCCAUCCAAAAGCUAUGGGAAAACACGUCCAGUGUCGCUGUCGCCGUGUGUGUUACUGAUUCGAAGCUAGAUGGCGGCACGGGUCUCGCCGUCGGCAUCAUGUGCAGCGCUGCUAUCACUGUGGUCGUGGUUGUCUUGUUCGUACUUCGGCGCCGGCGCAAGCCCCUCACCUCGCUCUUUGGCUACAUCCAAGCAUCUGGGACCAAAAGUACGGGCGGUCUAUCGAGCAGUCGCAGUGGCGCAAGAAGAGCAUAUGCGGACGCCAUUCUCAACGUCAAGCCACUCCUCCACCACCGUCUCCAGAUCUCGGAUCUGCGCGUCACCUCCAAGAAACCGCUCGGGUCUGGUGUCCUUCGGGAAAACUGGCUCGGCAAGUACGGCACCCAGCACGUCGUCAUCAAGCGCAUGAAGCACCAAGAGCCCCGCAUGGCUCAAAAGUUCAUCGACGAAAUCGUCCUCAUGUCGCAGUACUCCCGCAACGUCCUUCUUGACUCGGUCAAGGGCACCAAGCUCACCGACUUUGGUGCUUCCCGCGUCGCAGAAGGCGACGACACUAUGACCAACGGCAUCGGGACAUACCAGUGGAUGGCGCCGGAAGUCAUCUCGGGCACCAACUAUGGCGCACCCGCCGACAUGUACUCGUUUGGCGUCAUCUUCUCUGAGUUUGCGACGCACCAAGUGCCAUACGCCGACCUGCGCCACCCGGACUCGGGCAAGCCGCUGCCGCAGCACUACGUCUUGGAUCACGUCCGUGAAGGCAAGCUACACCCGACGUUCGACGGCGAAGGCGUGCCGGCGUGGGUCAAGGACAUUGGUUUGCAGUGUCUCUCCCUCAAUGAAGACGACCGGCCGACAGCACUCGACGUAUCGGCGAUGCUGAGUCUGUACGGGCCGUGA